UCUACAGGUUUGUGUUCAGUCAGAACUCCGCACACACACACACUCACUCUCAGGACUCAGAUGCAUGCUCUACAUUCUCAUAGUUAGCUUUCACUCUAGAGGGCUAGAUUCUCCAGUGUUCCAGACAGUGUUCUCGUCCAGAUCUUUGAGACUCAGCUGAGGAUUCCACUAGUGAACACACACAAAAGCCCUGCUGGAGCUUCACUCCAGGAACCCUGGGAAUCUGUGGAGCUGCCAGUUGAUCUGCUGCUUUUCCGGGACAGACAGACGGAUCAGGAGAUUGAGUUGCUCUGACAGUCUGUGGCUGUGUGCUCUAGUUACCAACCAGCGGCCGCUAGGCUAGCCUAACCCCAGGAUCUGCCCCCGUUGGGUCACUGAGCCGGACUGAUGUGGAAUGUGACCCAUGGUGACCCUGUCCCACAAUUAGCCUUUCAGUGAGGAGGACUGGGAAGAGGACAGAUAAUAGACCAGAGGGACGACGUAAAGAAAGGAAGAAGAAAAGGAGAAGUAAGAGCAGCAGCAGUAGCAGAUCAACUGACCCCAGAAUGCCUGUAGAGACCCUCCGGCCCUCGGACGGGCGCCUGGCGGGGGUCCCCUUCACCUCGGCCAUGCCUUUCCGCAUCCUCAACAAGGGACCUGACUACUUCCGGCGGCCCGCAGAGCCUGGAGCCCGUAAGCUGAGUGCGGUGGAGCGCCUGGAGGCGGACAAGGCCAAGUAUGUGAAGAGCCAGCAGGUGGUGCUCACCAGGCAGGAGCCUGUCAAACCACCCAUCAUCCGCAAGCCUCUGCUGUCCACGGGCAUGAUGCUGCAGUCUCGGAUCAACGCCCCCCCAGCCCGCAAGGUCCCGCGGCGGCCGGCCGACUCAGAGAACGGAGGAGGGACACGAGGGGCAGGGUGGCGGAGGGGACCCCCUCUUAACCUGGAUAUCCUCAAUAACCUCAUCAACAACGUGUGUGAUGGACCCCUGCAUUUCUCCCCAUCUCCUGUCCCCUCCUCACCCUCCGCCUCCUCUCCUUCAUCUGGGGGGAACAGCAUCGGGAAUGGACUCUCAGCUGACCAGGAGAGGAGCAAUCGAGUCCUGAACAACCUUAAACAUGUUAAUAACUGCAACACCUCCUCCUCUUCCUCCUCUUCCACCGCCUCUCCCUUUAACAACAACAGCCAGGCCUCCCCUGCCGAGCCCAGCCGCCGGCCGCCUCCUGUCCCAGCACGGGGCAUCAGGAUGGGGGUGCCAGUGCCAUACAGCACUCCAAACUCAGUGACAGUGCGCAGGGUGGAUGUUAGGCCCCAGGCUGAGGUGAGGAAGCCCCAGAGGACCCAGCUCCAGCCUCAGAUCAAGCCCAGACAGACUGCCCAGCCCCAGGUGGCCCAGCCCCAGGCCCCACCACCACCUUCUCCACAGCAGCCCCAGACCCAACCUCUGCCCCUCACCCCCACGCAGGCGCUCCCCUCUCCCCCACCCUACCUGCCUCCAAGCCCCAUGGUGUUCCGGGCCGGCAUAAUGCCCCCAGCCUCUCCUGCUUUCACCCGCCUGUCCUCAGUCAGCUCCAGGGGGUCUCGUCCUGGCUCGGCCCGUAAACACCCCUCCCUACACCGCUCCAAGUCUGACCUGAGCGACCGGUACUCACGAGCCACAGCCGAUCUGGAGCGCUUCUUCAACUACUGUGGGCUGCACCCAGAAGAGGUAGAGGGCAUGGGGGGCGUGGAGCGCUUCGCCAGGGCCAGCUCAGACAUUGUGUCUGUGUCCAAGCUGCGCAGUGUCAGCACCCCCAGCUCUGAGUGUGAGCGGGCACGGGAACAGGGGGAGGACGAAGACGAGGAGGGUCCUGCCCAACCCGGGGAACGUGUCCCCUACGGAAUCUCAGUCAUCGAGAGGAACGCUCGCGUCAUCAAGUGGCUGUACGGGAUCCGCCAGGCUCGGGACUCCAACGCUGUGUCCAAUGUUUAGAGGAACGAGACAGGAGGGGGAGGCUCUGGAAUGAUACCCAGACCUGCCCCACGUUGUGUUUUUUAUUUAUUGAUAAAUCCCACAGACCAUUGAGGGGUCUUUGGUAUAUAUAUUUUUUAUUUUUGUUUCAAGGAGGACAUUGUUAUAAUGUAUUCUGUUGCCUUACGUCAUGUUUAAGGAUAAUUAUUUUUGAAGCAUCAAACUUUGAAACUUGGAGAGCACUCUGGAGUACAUUAAUUCGUCUGGGCUGCAGGUCAGGACUGCUUCCCUAGAAGAGAAGAAGGACAAGCAAUCACACUUCUCAAACGAACAUCGAAAGCAAUAAUGGCAGUGAUAGAAAUGACUGAAUGCUGAUGAUGAUGAUGUUGAUGGCAGUAGACCAGUGAUGCUGUGGUCCCUGCUGUCUGUUUGUCUGUCACACAGGUACUAAGGAGGCUGUGUAUAGGGUCCCAGAGCCCUGCUUUGUCUGCACAGGGGUUGGAGCUAGACAGACUCUAAGGACGCAAGAAUAGGCUCUGGAUGUUUCACACAUUCAGAUGUGUGUGUGUGAGUGAGUGAAGACCAACCACAUUGAUACUGUGAAACAUGAAAGCUUCCACAAAAUACGUUUUUUUUUCAUCUUCUAACCUCAUUAAUACCGUUGAUAUUGCUUUCAAGCAUGCAAGUGAAAGUCAAUAUAUGUGUGGUCAUCUCAACAAAGCACAAUCACCUGUACUCACAAAUACACACUGAAAACACAGACGUGUUCAGGUCAGUGAUGGAGUAACAUCUGUAGCUGUGUACUGCAUUGUCGUCUUCUGUAUUGCAAUUGAACAUUGUCUCUAACUAAGCAUAGGGCUUCAUUGGCGCAGUUAGUUUUUCUGUUUAUUCAGUGAAGAAGUUGUAUGUCUGGGCACGGAUGAGAAAGAGUGCCCAGACAUACAAGUGGUGUGGUAAAUGGAUGUUUGAGGUAAGUGUAGGGUGGAUGAGUAGGGGUGCUGUCUGGGGUUGGAGGUUAGGAAAGACAGACACUGCUCAAUGGAAGAGGGAUCAGGAUGGUUGGAGUAGGAAGGAGUGAGACAGAGUGAAUUCUCUGAAAGUAAACAGAAGGUGACUUAGAAGGUUCUGUGUGUCCUCGACAGCCUGCGGAAAAGAUGGACCAGUAUUUCUUUUAAAAAUGCAAUUUGAAGUUGUUAUAAAACUUUUGUAAUUGUAAUAUUCAACAACCGGUGCAUAGCAUUCAAGCAUUAUACAAAAGUUCAAUCUGAUUGUAUCUAUGUGAACAUGCACAUACACACAGACAAACACACACAUUAUAUGCACACAAGAUCCAGGCACCAGCCACCCACAGAACAAUAGUGUGAAUGUUGUGUGUAACUGAAUUCUGAAGUACGUGUAAUGAUAAUAUGCACUCUGCAGGGUUGGAAUCAAUGCCAUUUAAAUUCCAGUAAAUUCAGAAAGUACACCAAAUUCCAAUUCCACAUUUUCUUCAAUGAAAAUUCCUGCAUAGACUGGAAUUUAAAUGGAAUUGACCCCAACCCUGGCACUCUGCUCUGUGUAAAGGGAAAGGAUGGGAGACUGUUUAUUUAUGUGACUUUCUGUUCCUCUCAGAGGAGAUGGAUGGAGGGCUCAGCGGUGAGACCUCGCAUGGGUCUAGGACUGCGCUCCACGAUCUGUUGUAAUGAUGUGCUAUUGAGUUCAGCACUGUCUGGCUGCCCAAAGAAGAGUCAAGCUACAACUUGCAACAUGGUGUGUUUCUUAACAUGUCAAUAAAUAAUAAAGUUUUUGGGGAAAAGUAUUUCUCGUCAGUGAUAUUAU